AUGCUUUCACUAAAUGGUCGACAGCAAUGGUUGAGUGGAUGGAUUCUGAUUUCGAUUUUUGGUAUAUUGAAUGCUCUACAGGAUCAUUUAGGUAGAUCACAACCUGUGGAACUAUGCCCCGAUUCACAAUUAUUAUUUGGUAAGGAUACUUCCUACGAUCCCGCUACACAAAUUUGCAUGGAACACGGUAAAGUUACUCAGUGUGUCAGCGUCUGUGAAAAUCAAUGUUACAAUUCAAACAUGCAUCAUUGUUUCAAACGGUACCAUAUGCAGAUUAUUCGAACAGUUAUGCACUGCUAA